AUGGACCUGUACCGAGCAGCUGUGAUCCUGGGAUAUUUUAUUAGCACUGGGUUUUUAAGGGCUAAUUUUCGUGGUUCUGACGUCAGCGGUUACGCCAAAACUGAAGGAGCGUGGAUCCUGUCGCUGCACAAGAGGCAGUAUUCAGUCAACACAGUGAACGAAUGUUCAGCCAAAUGUGACGCUGAGACGGCCUUCACCUGCAAGUCGUUCAUUUAUAUUGAAAAGGACCAGGAGUGCUGGACGGCGGCGGCGAACUCUAAAACAGAGAGCGUCCUACGCAGAAGCAGCACAUCUUUAUAUGAAAAAGACUUAUACCUUCUGGAAUGUGUAAAUGGAAUAGGAAGAGACUACAGAGGAACAAAGACCAGAACAAAAACAGGAAAGACCUGUCAGAAAUGGGCCUCCAGCUUUCCUCACAGACCCAACAUCACACCCCAAAGCCAUCCUCUAGCAGAUCUGGAGUCCAACUUCUGCAGAAACCCUGACGGAGACAGUGGAGGACCUUGGUGUUACACCACCAACCCCAACACCCGCUGGGAGCACUGCAACAUCCCCAACUGCACCGACGAGUGUAUAUACUGCAGCGGUGAAGACUACAGAGGGAGGAUCUCCACCACAGAGAACGGCUUCACCUGUCAACGCUGGGACUCCCAGAAACCUCACAACCACGGAUAUAUCCCCAGCGCCCUUCCAGAGAAGUAUCUUGAGGAGAACUACUGUCGGAACCCUGACGGAGACCCCAGACCAUGGUGCUUCACCACCAGCCCCUCCAAACGAUGGGACUUCUGCGCCAUACCACGAUGCAACGCUGAACCUCCCACCAUCGUCCCAGAGUUGACCUGUGCCUCUGGGGAGGGAACGUCGUACCGAGGCACCAUUUCUGUGACAGAGUCUGGAAAAACCUGCCAGAGCUGGUCGGCUCAAACGCCACAUAAACACAACCGCACCCCCGACAACUACCCCUGCAAAGCCCUGGACAGUAAUCACUGCCGUAACCCUGACAACGAGAGGAGGCCCUGGUGUUACACGACUGACUCCAACACCCGCUGGGAAUACUGCAACAUACCCACCUGUGACAACGCACACGGACCUGAAGAUGAGCCCGUUAUCCCCCCAGAGGAGGAGGACUGUUACGAAGGGGACGGGACCAGUUACCGUGGCGUCACAUCCGAGACCAUCAGCGGGAAGAAAUGCCAGGCCUGGAGCUCCAUGACCCCCCACAACCACAGAAAGACCCCCCAGAACUUCCCCAACGCGGACCUCAAGAGAAACCUGUGCAGGAACCCUGAUGCAGACCGAGCCCCCUGGUGUUACACUAUGGACCCCGCUGUCCGCUGGGAGUACUGUAACCUGGAGAAAUGCUCCGCCCCCGCGACCACCCGAGCCCCUAAUCCCCAGCCCCCUACCACCGUCACACAGGCCCCCACCGCCAAAGAUUGUAAGGUUGGGAACGGAGCUACGUAUCGAGGCCCGACGUCCAUGACCAUCGUGGGCGUGACCUGCCAGGCCUGGAGCGCUCAGAGUCCACACCAACACAACAGCUUCACCCCACAAACCCACGCCGACAAGGGUCUGGAGGGAAAUAGCUGCAGGAACCCAGAUAAUGACGUGAACGGACCGUGGUGCUACACCACCGACAGGAACAAGAAAUGGGACUACUGUCAGAUCCCAGACUGCGCUGGAAUGAACUGUGGGACCCCCGUCACCAAACCCAAGCGCUGUUUCGGACGCAUCGUAGGAGGAUGUGUGUCCAAACCCCACUCAUGGCCCUGGCAAAUCAGCCUCCGCACCAAUACCGGAGCUCAUUUCUGUGGUGGAACUUUGAUCCACCCUCAGUGGGUUCUUACAGCUGCACACUGUCUGGAGAGGUCCAGGAGGCCCAACGCCUACAUGGUGGUUCUGGGAAUCCACAGAGAACAAGCCAAUGAGCUGUCCAAGCAGGUCAGGAGUCUGGAAAAACUGAUUCUGGAACCAAACGGAGCUGACAUCGCUCUGCUCAAACUGCAGAAUCCAGCUGUUAUAAAUGACAAAGUCCUGCCGGCCUGUCUGCCAGAGAAGGACUACAUUGUCCCCAGUCGAACUGAAUGUUAUGUGACAGGAUGGGGUGAGACUCAAGAUACCGGAGGUGAAGGUGUGUUAAAGGAAGCCGGUUUCCCCGUCAUCGAGAAUAAGAUCUGUAAUCGCCCGUCUUACCUGAACGGCCGAGUCCGAGACCACGAGAUGUGCGCCGGAAACAUCGAGGGCGGGACCGACAGCUGCCAGGGCGACAGCGGCGGUCCUCUGGUGUGUUACGCCCAGAACAGGUACGUCCUACAGGGCGUGACGUCCUGGGGUCUGGGAUGCGCCAACGCCAUGAAACCCGGCGUCUACGCCCGAGUCUCCAAGUUCGUGGACUGGAUCGAUAGAACCAUCGCGACCAAUUAAAGAUCCGGCUGAAACUAGCAGCGUUCGCCGCACCAGGACGCAGAAGGCGGCGCUUUUGGAAGAUUUUUGUAACGUG